AUGAUUAAACAACAGCAACCACAACAACUUAAGGCGCAAAGCGCCCAGGUCCUUCAGACCAUUACAUACGCCAUAUAUGCAUAUAAUUCAAAGACGGCAGAACAAACGCAAAGGUUGAAAUAUGGAGAUUUGGAGAUAGUAUUGAAAAAUGACCAUUUCGAAUUCGUUUGCAAAGGUGGUGCAGUGAUAUCAAAUAUAAAAGAAAUUUUAUUUAUGAAUUCAAAAAUUAAAGGAAUAACGGAUGAUAUAACAUCAAUUCCACCAGAAGAACAGAGAUAUUACGCAUUAAAUGCAUUUCCUAAAGUUUUGAAGAUUGGAAGAUUUAAUUUAAAUGAGGAAUUCAUAGAAGGUUUCCUAAAUGACAUAAUGAAGAGGGUGGAUAAGGAAUAUGUGGAUAGUGAGUUAAUGAAGAAAGCAAAUUUGGUUUAUGUUGAUGAAAAAGAUAAUGAAAUUAAAGAAAAGGUUGAAUGGUAUCAUGAAUGGACAUCGGAGACUUUUAAAGUUAAAGCUGAUACAGAAUGGGUUUCAGGAUGUUUAGAUCUUAAAGCAGAUAAAACUUAUGUUAAUGAAAAUUAUGCAAAGAAGUCGGAAGUAAAUGAUGUGAUUACAAGCAUGAAAAAUGAAAUUCUUCAAACAUUAUAUCCUGUUGGUUCUAUUUAUACGUCAAUGAAUUCAACAAAUCCAUCAACAGUUUUAGGUUUUGGUACGUGGAAGCAGAUUGUAGACAAAUUCUUAUACUGUGCUAGAUAUUCAAAGCAAACAGGAGGUUCGAAGAAAAUUAAAGAAGCAAACCUUCCACCGCACACUCAUACAGGAACUACAAACACAACAGGUAAUCAUUCACAUUCAAUAACAAAAAGAGGUUAUACAAAUCUUGCAGCGGGUUUGAAUAGACAGGGAAUGAAUAGAUCUGAUAUUUCAACUGACCCAAUAGAUUCAAGCACAGGUAUUUUCUGUGGAACCGCAGGAAAUCAUUCACACACUUUCACAACAAAUCCAACGGGUUCGGGUGCAGAUUACAUGCCACCAUUUGUGACUGUAUUCGCAUGGUACCGUGUUCAUUGA